AUGCUCACUGGAUUUCAGAAAGCCAGGAAAAUAGCAAAUUAUUUCGCAAGUGCCUACUUACUGACCGUCUCCAGUUUGUGCCUACUUGCCCGGUGUCUUCCGGCAAAACCAUUCACAGACACCGUUAUCCAGUUCGACAUUUAUGAAGAACGUCCCCAUGGGACGAUGAUUGGCGAUGUUUCUCAGCGAAUUCAAUCGGUUUCACAUUCCAGUUCAAACCUUUCGAACUUUGUGAUUGUCGCGAACCAACCAGCUGUUUCUACCUUAUUCCAAAUAGAUCAAGUUAGAGGACAUUUGCUAACCAAACGGAAGCUAGACAGGGAUAGUAUUUGCCAGCAAGAUGCACUCUGCUGUCCCUCUACGGUCUCUGAAGAGAACAGACAUUCCGAAUCAAACAACAUACGUAAUGGCGUCCAACAGAUCACUUUGUACCGUACUCUGGAUGAAUGCCAAAUUGUGUUUCGUGUUCUAUACAACGUUGUUACCGGUUCGGUGGACAAGAACCAGACCGUGCCGAUGAAUGAUGCAGAGUACUUCGGAGAAAGGGGGUACGUUACGAUUGUCCUGAAUGUGAUUGAUCUUAAUGACAACGCGCCAAAAUUUUUGUUACCAGUUGCUACAAACGUACCUAACACUGGUCAACCGGAGAACAAUCGGUUACGUACGUUGGCGACAAGUCCCUUGCCAACGGUGGAGUUAUGGAUUGAUGAAACAACAGAGCCGGAUGUUUGUUUCGAAAUCCCGAUGGCUUUUGAUGAAGAUUCCACACCCUACAGUGUUACCGAGUAUCACCUUUCUAAAGUUUCCCAGUCUGAAGUGCUUCAAAGGUAUGAUAGUUCUGACCGCCAUGUGGAAGCUUUUGAUUCAGAACUGCCGUUCGUUCUCAUGCAGUCCUCUUGUUCCGGAAUUGAAUGGGAUGAAACUAGACUUGGUUUCACUUCUGACCCUUUUUUGACCACACUAGGUGAUGUUAGCAACGGUGGCAGGCUACCAAACAGCCGAAUAGCUCCACAUGUCAAACUAGUCAGCAAAAUAGACCGCGAAGUAAGGGAUGAGUAUUGGAUGAAGAUCCUUGCCAUGGAUAGUUCGGAGAGUGGGCUUCCAGUGUCAGAUAGACUGAAAGACAACAAGCAGGAACAAGGAGUUUGGAAUACGAUCCACAGUCUACGUCAUACCGGUACCUUGUUAGUUCGGGUUCGUGUAUUAGACGCAAACGAUAAUCCACCCGAGAUUGCAUCCAACUUGGAAAUACAAAUAAACGAGGAUGUAGCCGUUGGAACGGUGGUAGACACCCUUUCAGGUACGGAUCGAGAUGCAGGUGACAACGGUCGACUGACAUACCGGAUUGAUCCAGAAUCACUGGGAAUGCAACAGCAACACUUUCCGUUUAAAAUUCAUCCAAUCAGCGGGGCCAUAACUGUUAGUCAAGUGCUAGAUGCAGACCAGUCUCGAUCUGAAUCCGUUAACCGACAGAUCCGUUUCAACGUCAUCACAUCUGAUGCAGGUAGACCUGUCCCUAAAAGUGCACUUACGGUGGUGACCGUGAGCAUCGUGAACGUUAACGAUGAAACGCCACAAAUAAAAGUUGUCGACUUACAAAGCCAAACAAAUCCACCACGUCCUCUAGUGAAAGAAAACCUACCACCGGGACAAUUGGUCGCAUUUGUGACAGCUAUAGAUCGGGAUUCUGGCAUUUACGGCUCUAUGCGCUGUCAAGUAGAUAACCAAAAGUUUCAGUUGGAGAUUAUAAAUCCCAUAGUUCCAGUGGUGAUUCCCGAUACGGUAGCUUCGAAAGCGCUUGACUCGCAUACCAACAAACACAAUAAUAUGUUGGAAUUCAAGCUGACCACCACCGUCUCCCUUGAUCACGAACUGGCCGCAUACGAGACUGUGGAAAUCAUUUGCACAGAUCAAGCGCUCGAGGCAUCAGCCAUACGUACUGGGCGAUCCAGAAUCUUGGUAACCGUUAUUGACGACAAUGAUAAUUCUCCCAAGUUUGAUCGCGAUGAGUUGUACCUGAGAAUUAACGAAAACGAAGCAAUCAAUGAGUUGAUUACGACGUUUAACGCAACAGAUGCUGAUCAGGUGCAACGAUUCCCUUCGCGGCAGUGGGCUGAUUACCAUUUGUUAAAUCGAGAACGAUUUCCCGCACCCGAGUUCCGGGCGGAAGACUACCGUAGCGUACCCAAAAUAAGAUAUUCCAUCGAUUCGGUUGGUAACAGUUAUUUUCACCUGGACUCCCUCACAGGAGCUUUGUACAGUAAAGUUCGAUUUGAUCGCGAAGAGAAGGAUGUAGUAAACUUCACGGUGACUGCCACGGAUGGUGGCACUCCGCCAAGGAAUGCGUCCAUUCACGUUGUUGUAUCAGUUGUGGACAAAAACGAUAAUGCUCCCAAAUUUGACCAGGAUUUAUAUGAGUUUGAACUGUUUGAAAACACGUCUGUGGGAGCGACAAUUUUUGAGUUAAAAGCGACCGACAGAGAUGUUGGAUUCAAUUCGGAGAUAGUUUAUCAAAUGGAGGACUUUCAGGUGAGCAGAAAUACGGUUUAUUAUCAUUCGUUUACUUUGUUUUUUUUUGUUGAUUACUACUAUCUUUCAACUGGGGGAGAAAAGCGCAACUAG